AUGGAGACUGGCAAUGGCACAAUGGUGACAGAGUUCAUUAUUUUGGGAUUGACAGAGGAUCCCAUUCUUUGUGCAGUUUUCUUUGUGGUCUUUCUAGGAAUCUACAUUGUUACCAUAUCGGGCAAUAUCAGCAUAAUCAUGUUAAUCCGAAGAAGCCCUCAGCUUCACACUCCUAUGUACCUUUUCCUCAGCCAUUUGGCCUUUGUGGACAUCGGCUAUUCCUCAUCAGUCACACCUGUCAUGAUUGUGAGUUUCAUAAGGGAGAGAAUUGCCAUCCCUGUUGCUGGCUGCAUAGCCCAGCUUGGCUCUGAUGUUGUCUUUGGGACGGCCGAGGCUUUCCUUCUAGCAGCCAUGGCCUACGAUCGCUAUGCGGCCAUCUGCUCCCCACUUCUCUACUCCACACGCAUGUCUCCCAGGGUCUGCAUCAUCUUGUUGGUUGCUGCCUAUGUGGGUGGCUGUGUGAACUCUUCGUCGUGUACUGGCUGCUUAUUGAGCUUGACUUUCUGUGGACCAAACAAAAUCAACCAUUUCUUCUGUGACCUCCCACCACUAGUGAAGCUUUCUUGCACCCAUAUUUAUAUUGCCGAAUUAUCUCCUAUCAUCUCAGCUGGGUCAGUCAUUGUAACCACACUGUUUAUCAUAAUUGUUUCAUAUGUGUACAUCCUCCACUCGAUCCUGAAGAUGCGCUCCACUGAGGGAAGGCACAAGGCCUUCUCCACCUGCACGUCCCACCUCACUGUGGUCACUCUGUUCUAUGGGACAGUUACAUUUGUUUAUGUUAUACCAAAGUCAAGCCACUCAGAUGAUCAUAUGAAAGUGGUGUCUGUGUUCUACACAGUAAUAAUCCCCAUGCUGAACCCUCUGAUCUACAGUCUGAGGAACAAGGAAGUGAAAGAGGCCAUGAGAAAAUUGAUAGUGAGAAUACAUUCCUCAUUUGAAAGAAAUACAAUGUUCGCUAGAAAGCAGAUUCUCAUUGAGGGCACUUCUUCCAGUGACCUAACUGCAGUGAAUCAUGUGCUGGCAACAUCUUUCACUGAGUUAUUUGUCAAGGAACACCAUGACAUAAACAUGAAUUCCAGGGUUCAACAUGGGGAUCACCACCAUGUAGAACACAGACACCACCUUGUUCUGGUCAGUCGAGUAGCUGGACUUGGGCAUCACAUAAAUGAAUGUAAUGGUCCCAUAGAACAGAGGGACCGCAGUGAGGUGGGAGGUGCAGGUGGAGAAGGCCUCGUGGCACCCCUCGGUGGAGCGCAUCUUCAGGAUGGUGAUGAGGAUGUAGAUGUAGAAGACGGCUAUGAUAAACACAGUGACCACAAUGAUGGAGCCAGCAGAAAACGAGAGAACAGCUGUGGGGACACUGGUAAAACAGGAGGGUCCAAUUAA